AUGGGUAAGAAGAACAGAAGAGACGGAGAUUAUCUAAACACACUGCUUGGGUCGGUAGAUAAGGAGAACAAAGAAGAGCAUAGGCAGAAAAAGGACCUAGAGGAAAUAGAGAAUUCUGUAGAUAAGGUUAAAAUAGAUGGAGGAAAGAAGAAUUUGAGAUGCAGUGAGAAAGCGGAGGAGGAAAAGUUGGCUGGAGAGCCUUGUCCUGAAUUUAAAAGUCCAAUAUGUUGUAUCUUGGGGCACGUCGAUACGGGGAAAACCAAGCUUCUCGACAAGUUAAGAGAAUCUAACGUUCAAGGAGAGGAGGCAGGGGGGAUAACACAGCAGAUCGGUGCCACAUUCUUUCCGGUGUCUGAACUCUUCAAGAAAUGUGGGAAAAGGGACUCGAAGCUUCCGGGCAUUCUGAUUAUUGACACGCCUGGGCAUGAGUCUUUUGCCAAUCUAAGAACACGAGGGUCCUCACUUUGUAAUCUUGCAAUCCUAGUUGUUGACAUAGUUCAUGGGCUUGAGGCCCAGACUUUGGAGAGCAUAGAGCUCCUCAAGAGACGCAGGACGCCAUUUGUGGUUGCUCUUAACAAAAUAGAUAGACUCUACGGGUGGAAGUCUACCUCAUUUGGGAAUGUUAAAUCCACCAUUAAGAAACAAUCAAGAGCAACUAUCGACGAUUUCAAAAGAAGAGUGAACAACACCAUUGUGGCGUUUGCAGAAAUAGGGCUGAAUGCAAAGCUAUUUUAUGAAAACGCAGACCAAAAGAGAUUUGUUUCUUUAGUUCCCACCUCUGCAGUCUCUGGAGAGGGAAUCCCCGACCUAGUAUCUCUGAUACUGGAGCUUUCAGAGAAAUACAUGGGCUCAAAAAUGAAAAUCAAAGAGGAGGUUGAGUGUACUGUUCUAGAAGUUAAAAACGUUGAGGGGUUUGGAGUAACUCUGGAUGCCAUCUUGAGCAACGGAAUACUACGAGAGGGAGACAAGAUUGGUGUGUGCGGCUUCAAUGGGCCCAUAAUUACAACCAUCAAAGCUUUGCUUAUGCCUCAGCCUUUGAAGGAACUGAGAGUGAAAAAUCAGUAUGUAAUUGUGAAAGAGGCAAGAGCCAGCUUGGGGAUCAAGAUUGCGGCUGGAGGGCUUGAAAAGGCAAUAGCAGGAAGUCGAGUGCUUAUAGUAAAGAGCAGUGAGGAAGAAGUAAAAAAUGCACUUGAAGCGGACCUCGAGUCUGUCUUUUCGUCCAUGGAGCUUCAUCAGGAAGGUGUGCAUGUCGUAUCAAGUACACUCGGGUCGUUAGAGGCCCUGGUUUCGUUCCUGAAGACCUCCAAUGUCCCAAUUUCCGGAGUAAGCAUAGGAACGGUAAAAAAAAAGGAUAUGAUCAUCGUAUCUUCAAUGACAAAGAAACACAAAGAAUAUGCUGUGAUCCUCUGCUUUGACGUAGUGUUGGACAGGGAAAUAAAGGACAUGGCUUCCUCAAUGGGAGUGAGGGUGUUUGAGGCAAAGAUAAUAUAUCAUCUUCUCGACUCGUACGUAAAGUUUAUAUCUGAGGAAAGAGAAAAGAACAAAAAGAUGCAUAUGGAACAGGCAGUGUUUCCCGUGAAAAUGUCGAUUGUCCCAAAGUGUAUUUUCAACUCCAGAAGCCCACUUGUGAUAGGCGUCCAUAUAAGGGAUGGAAUUCUAAAAGUAGGAACACCGUUGUGUGUUUUCAAGGAGGAUGAAGUUGUCAGGCUUGGGAUAGUAACCUCUAUUGAAAACAAUAAAGAGACGGUCAAAGAAGCAACAAAAGAUCAGAAAGUGGCCAUCAAGAUCGAGGCAAAGCCCAAUCUCCCUCCUCGUAUGUUUGGAAGACAUUUUGACCAAGAAGACAUUCUAUAUUCAAUGAUUACAAGAGAGUCAAUCAACAUCCUGAAAAAAUACUUUUCUGAUGAGCUUACUGAGGACCUUAAGGCCUUACUAGAUAGGCUAGAGAAUAAAUUUGGUAUUUUCUACCCCUAUUUGAGACAUCCCUUCUUCAUCCCAAUUACAAUUUAUUCGUAUAAGGUAGCCCCUCAUUAUGAAGGGAGCCCUUAG